GCGGCUUGCUGACCAAACGGUAUUUUCAUUGAAGUGUUGAUAUCGAAGGAGGAGAACGCCGAAACGAUGGAGCCGCGGACGAAACGCCGGAAAGGGCCGUCCUCGUGCGCCGCCGCCGCCGACUCCUGGGUCGCCUAUCCGGUCCUGUCGGAUCGGCAGUCCCAAGACGUCGAGCUGAUCGAGGCGUUCGCGGCGCCCAUCGUCGACAAGAGGGAGGCCUCCCGCCUCCUCCGGGAGCUGAGCGGCCUCUACCCGCUGAGCGGCCUCCGGCACGUCAAGAGGGUGCGGGCGGUCCGGGCCGAGGCCGGUCCUCAUCCUCUGGAGGUCCUCGUGUGCCUCGUCGGCGACGCGCCGGCCCUCGGGGCGGCGAGCAUCGACUCCCUGCUCCCCUCGGACGGCGUCGGACGCGCCGGGUUAGGAGAACCCUUCGUGGUCCAGGUCCCGGCGCGUGCCCCCUUGACCCGACCCCAGUUUGAGCUGGCGAGCAAAUACUGGCCCACGUCCUUCCACGAGGACAAGCGUGUGACCGUCGCCCUGCGGGGAGAACUCUUCGGCCCGCUUCAGAAAGCCCGGAUGCACGCGUACAUGACGGCCGCGCUGACCGCCGCCAAAGCGGCCGGCGAGUCGGGAAUGGAGGCCGUGGGGGCGGUGGCGGUGGACCCGGCGACGGAGCGCAUCGUCGCGGUGGGACACGACUGCAGAGGGGACCACCCCCUUCACCACGCCGUCAUGGUGUGCAUCGACCUCGUGGCUCGGAGCCAGGGCGGCGGGAGCUCCGCCUUCGACGGGUACCCCGCGUGCCGGUUCGCUUCGCCGGAGGAGGCGGCGGCGAGCGCCCCGCCGUACAUCUGCACCGGGUAUGACCUUUACGUGACCCGGGAGCCUUGCGUCAUGUGCGCCAUGGCGCUGGUGCACUCGCGGAUCGGCCGCGUCUUCUACGGGACGCCGUCCGCCGACGGGGCCAUGGGCACCAAGUAUAAAAUCCACUCUCGGAGGGAUUUGAACCAUCACUUUGAGGUUUACGAGGGCGUGAUGGGCGAGCAGUGCGAGGCUCUGAAGGGGCCCGGCAGCCACGGCCAAAGAGAGGCGGACCAGUAACGCUGCACGACCAAACCAACGUUUUACACACAUUUCAUUUAAUUAAAGUUUUAAAUCCUUCGAUCUCUCUAUUGAGAGCGUCUCCUCUCGAUGAAACUAAUAAGGUUUGCGCCGCAGUGCUGACACUCUUCUAGGUGAGGGUGCUUGACCGUGACCUCUGACCUCCAGGCUCAACAAGUGACUACGACAUUAGCUUCAUAAAUGUUAACUCAGGGGUUAACUGAUCGGUCUAGGUGAGGCUGCAUUAGUUUUUUUUUGUUCAACGACGGCUCAAUAAACUGAAUUGUUCGUGACAUUCAGACUUUAUUCUCUGUUCUUCUUUGCAGAUGGUUUGUUUGUGUCCAGCUGUUGCCACCUAGCAGCUGAAAUAAAGAACUCAACGUGG